CACACACUUGUAUAAAUUUAAUAAAAAAUGGAUACAGUAUAAUAUUCAACAUCAGUGAAGGAUAUUAAUAAAAACUAUGUAGAAGCAUAAUAUGCUGUAAGAGGAUUAGUACCAUCGACAGCAGCAAAGAUUUAAGAAGAAAUAAAGAGUGGUAAAUAAUAUCCAUUUGAAUCAAUAACUGAGUUGAAUAUUGGCAAUCCAUAAACAUUUGGAUAGAAGCCAAUAUCAUUUAAUAGAAGUGUAUUAGCAAGUAUGUUGGACCCAUCAAUUCUUGAACAUUAAUCAGAAGAUGUUCAAAGAAGAGUUAAACAUUAUUGUGAUAAGAUUGGUUUUCAAAUAGGUGCUUACAGUUAAUCUCCAGGAUAUCCAGUUGUAAGAGAAGCUAUAGCUAAGUAAACCAAUUUACAUUAAUAUAUUAUAGUUUUAUUCAAAAAAGAGAUGCCACAGAAACUAAACCAAGUAUCAAUGAUAUCUUGUUAACAGAUGGAGCAUCAGCAGGAAUAACUUUGAUGUUUAAUUUAUUAUUAAAGGAUAAUUAAGAUGGAGUCAUGAUUCCUAUUCCAUAAUAUCCACUUUAUUCAGCAGUGAUUACCUAAUGUGGAGCUUAAUAAAUUCCAUAUUAUCUAGUUGAAGAAAAAGGAUGGUCUGCUGAAUAAACUGAAUUAGAAGCCUAAUAUGAAAAAGCUAAAUCAAAUGGAAUCAAUCCAAGAAUUUUAGUAUGCAUCAAUCCAGGAAAUCCAACAGGUUAAGUUUUCGAUUAAAAGAGCAUUGAACAAAUGAUUAGGUAAUAUUAUAUAAUAUUCUUUAGAUUUGCAUCUGAAAAAAAAAUUGUUAUUUUUGCAGAUGAAGUAUAUUAAGAAAAUAUUUAUGUGGAAAAUAAAAAAUUCAUUUCUUUUAGAAAAGUAGCUUUAGAAUUGAAUUUAAAUGUAGAAAUAUAUUCAUUCCAUUCUAUAUCUAAAGGUAUAACUGGUGAAUGUGGACUUAGAGGUGGCUAUAUGGAAAUAACAACCAAAGUAGAUCCUGAUGUACAUUUCUAAAUUCAUAAAUCUAAAAGUAUCACUUAUCGUAUAAUAUAAAUAGCUGUCAUGCUUUGCUCUAAUACUAUUGGUCAAUUAAUGACUGGCUUAAUGGUAACACCACCCACUAAAUAAGAAGGAUGUUCUGAUCUAACUAUUUAAAGAUAUAAUUAAGAAUGCCAUGAUCUAUUUACAAGUUUAUAAAGAAGAGCUGCUAUUGUCACAUAAUUUUUAAAUGAUACUAAUGGAGUUUCAUGUUAACCAAUUGAAGGAGCCAUGUAUGCCUUCCCUAAAAUUGAAUUACCAGGUAUUAAUACACUUAUAUAUUUAGAUAAAUUCAUUCAAUUUGCAAAAUAAUCAAAUUAAGAACCAGAUGUUCGUUAUUGUUUAGAUUUAUUAUAAGAAACGGGUUUGGUUGUAGUUCCAGGUUCAGGUUUUCUUCAAUUUCCAGGUACAUAUCAUUUUAGAAUGACCAUCUUAAUUUUACCAGAAGAAAAAUUAUUAGAUAAAAUGAAAAUAUUCAAAUAAUGGCAUGAAACUCAUAUGGCAAAAUUCCAAUGAUUUUAAU